GAGUUUUGAUUUGCCGACGCCUCUGAAGCCGAACCGUAAUCAAUAAAAUGGCCUCCAAGCAGUCAAGUUUAUGUGUUUUCAAUUUGGUUUUGUUCAGUGUUUUUUAUUUAGCAAAUUGUGAGGGAGAGACGCUAGUCCUUCUUGAUAAUUUAGCAAUCAAGGAAACGCACUCCAUAUUCUUCAAGUCUCUAAAGGAUCGUGGUUACACUUUGACAUUCAAAUCUGCCGAUGACGCAAAUCUUGUACUGUCAAAAUAUGGAGAGUAUUUGUACGACAAUUUGAUAAUCUUCGCUCCCUCAGUUGAAGAGUUCGGAGGAUCAGUCAGUGUUGAGGCCAUCGCCGACUUCAUUGAUGGAGGAGGAAAUCUGCUGGUUGCUGGUAACUCACUUUCUGGUGAUAUUUUGAGAGAAUUGGCGUCCGAGUGUGGCUUUGAAAUAGACGAGGAAGGCUCAUCAGUCAUCGAUCAUCUGAAUUAUGACAUCAAUGAUGACGGAAAGCACACACUGAUCGUAGCGGAGCCGAAGAACUUGAUAGACGCACCAGUGAUCGUAGGUUCCCGUGACAUCCCCCCGUUGCUGUACAAGGGUACAGGUCUGAUCACGGACCAACGUAACCCUUUAGUCCUUCAACUGUUGACUGCGGACAGUACUGCAUACUCUUAUCCUGUGGACAAACCUAUCAAACAGUACCCUCAUGCCGUUGGAAAGGACACACUCCUCAUUGCUGCUCUUCAGGCUCGUAACAACGCCAGAGUCGUUUUCUCAGGUUCUCUCUACUUCUUUUCAGAUGAAGCUUUCACAUCUCCAGUACAGAAGGCACAGGGCGGUGGUAAAGCCUGGGAAGUAUCUGGUAACAGACAAGUGGCGGAAGCUCUCAGCCGUUGGUUAUUGAAGGAGAACGGAGUUUUGAGAGUCAAGUCCGUAGCACAUCGGCCCGUCGGAGAAAAGACUCCUCCCCCUGCCUACACCAUACUGGACGAUGUGGUAUUCUCCCUGGAGCUGGAGAAGAAGCAAGGAAAGGUGUGGGUGCCUCACGAUGCCAACGACGUCCAGCUGGAGUUUGUCCGCAUUGACCCGUUUGUCCGCACUACGAUGGUCCGCAAGGCUCCUGGCAAGUACGAGGCUGUGUUCAAGAUCCCGGACGUCUACGGAGUGUAUCAGUUCAAGAUCAACUACCACCGCAUCGGUUACACCUCGUUGUAUAGCUCGACUCAGGUCUCUGUGCGUCCUCUGGAACACACUCAGUACGAGAGGUUCAUUGCCAGUGCGUACCCGUACUACGCUAGUGCGUUCUCUAUGAUGGGUGGAGUGUUCUUGUUUAGCAUCGUCUUCCUUCACUACAGAGAAGACACUAAGACAAAGAGCGAGUGAAGACUGACUCUUACCAAGAUUGUUUGAUGUGGUUAUUGUGUACGGUAGUUAAAUAAAGACAUUUUUUGUAUUGAG